GUUUGGGCGUAUUUGUUCGGACGAAACCUGCAUUUUUAGUAAGUACAGUAUCCUAGCCGUUCUGGACAAACUAGUGCCUAGCUUGCACUUUUGCGCGCCAGCCUUUUGGGUGGCUCCAGUCCUGAUGUAGAAUCUCGGGCAUGUUCACUCUAUGGAUCCAUAGCAUGUUCUUCGUGCUUCUUUGUUUGGUGACCGUGGAUUGCGGAGACGCAGAGCGUCAUGUGGGUGAGACCGAAAGCGGGGCAUUCAUCCAGGUCACCAGGCCCGUUUCCAACACAAGUCAGUGGAGAAGCACAAGGGAUUUGGCAAGUGUUUCUUUGUCGCGACAGAUGAAGGUUCACAUGGAUGACAUGGACUUGGAGCUACAGUUCUUAAGUGCUGUGCCUGUCUUUGGGCACCAGGCCAACUAUAUCGCCUUGAUUCACAACACUACUGGUGCCCUGAUGAAGUAUAUGAAUAAUCACAGCUUCUUCUGCACAGGACCAAAUCGAUCUCACAGAGCCGAACUCCGUUUAUCCAGAUCUUGGCGUGUGUUUACCAUCUUUCAUUGUGAUUGGCCAAAAGAAGAUGCAAUGACCGGAGAGUAUGAGGUCUUUCUGGAACUUCCCACUGGAGAGAUCAUAGGACAAGUACAUGCAAACUACAACCCAUCCUUAUUGAAGCAGUAUGGAACGAUGGCUUGCGUGCGAAAUGUAUGGAAUGAUCCUGGUGCAAAUGUUUCAGGCUUGGCAAGCUUUCCGCAGUGGCUUGACUACCACCUCAUGCAUGGGGUUCAUCAUUUCAUAAUUUACACCACAAGUGAUAUGUCACCAGCGCUCCAGGAGGUGUACCAACCAUACAUAGAAGAAGGCGUAGUGACGAGAGUUCACUUCAACAUGCCUGCCGAGAGAUGCUGGUGCUCCACGUGCAUCCAACAAAUGCUGAUUCUCAAUGAUUGCCUCUAUCGUGCAAAAGGCCAUGCAAGAUGGUUGCUACCAAGCCUGGAUGUAGAUGAGUAUUUGAGAGUGAGAUUGCCAAAAGAAGACGUGACCUCUAUGCUGGAUGGCAGACAUGCGACAGAACCUUUGAAUAGCAUGUUCUUUUGGAAGUUCCGCUUUGCAAGAGCCUCACCUGGGAGCUUGGACAUAUCGUCUACUUUGUAUUGCAAAGUCACUGAGGACAAAGCCAUGAAAUAUGCCGUCAAUGUAUCUAUGGUCAAGGCCGUUUCAGUCCAUCAUCCUGUACAACCAGAGGGCGGCAAGAGGGUCUUUGUUCCACCCAGGGUUGCAGCUGUCAAUCACUAUCGUCAUCCCAACGUCUUGGAGAUACAGGAUCAUUCUUUUGCCAAUUUAUCUGACGAUUCCUUGUUGGCAAACGUUUCAGCAUUGGAAGCGUCAUUGGAAAAGCGAUAUGGCAAAGAACGGCCGCAUUUUCUGGAGAGGGCACGCACCGCACCCGAGCUGACAACUUGGAGUUGUUCUGGGUGGAGCUUGAAAGCCAAUGGCCCUCCAAUUUGGGAGGCUGGGGAAGUCUAUUAGUACAGUCCAUUUUUGCACUCCUUGCAGAAGCCAUGGAGUGGCGAGCAGACAUCGUGCCACAAAAUCA